AUGAGGUCAAGAAGUUCCAAAAAGAGCAGCCCACCAAAGACCUAUCAAAAAUCUCAAAAGAAAGAAAAUAGGUCUUUAGGUCCAAAAUUACCUCUAAUUUCACCAUCCUUCAUUAAAAAUCAUAUCUUAGGCAAGCAAUCCUCACUUCGAGUACAAGAAUUCAAAGAAAAGCUUGACUUACAAAAGCCAAAAAUAAUAUUCCUAAAAUAAGACCGUUAAAGCUCAGAAACGGCUCAUUGAGUACCUCCAGGACCAAAAUCAGUCCUUGACCCUCGAAAACCAGCAUCUUAAGCUUCAAAUAAAACAGAGUAAAUCAAAAUUAGACGUUUUAUCCAGAAAGCCCUUGAACAAAGAGAAGUAAGGAAGAAAAGUACGAGAUAACUCUUGAUAAAAAUAAAUUCUCAAGCAUCCAGUCUGAAAGCUGUGAUGAGUUCUGUAACUCUCCUACCCUCAAGGAUGAUUCAAGCAAGAAUAUCAAGAAUAAGAAGGAAAAAAGAAGGAGCCAUUUCAAGAUUUUCAAGCCCAAAGAUCCUAGUAACAAAAGGAGUUACAACCGCUUUCUUAGUAAAAAGAUGACCGAUCAGAUCAACUUCGAGGUUGAAGGGAAGGAAGCUUUUAAUAACAUCCUUGAGAUUCAGAAAAAUAGUAACUUUAAGAGAAGGGUCUCUAUCCAACCUAUUUCUGAUUUCAAGUUCAAGAACUCCUUGGCAAGCAAUUUAACUGACGAAUUUUCUAAGCCAAUGUCUGCUCUUCCUCAAGAAGUCGCUGAUAAGGAUAAAUAAGGUCAAAGUUUUCUUUCAAAAAUGCAGUGAAUCGGUUACAUCAGUCAGAUCAAUUCUAGAAAUCAUCGUAGAAUUGACUAAAUGCAAGAGCAAAGAGAAUUUCAUAAAGAUCUUAACCAUAGAAGCUCCUAAAGUGCUCAAUUGAGACCAUAUGUUUUACGCCUUCACUGGUAUCGGACAAGUUGCUGACCCAGAUUCGUCAAUCUCUUGAGAUGACAGUACUACAACUACUGAAGUUCAGUUUAGAAUUCUUAGACAUAACAGAAGUUCAAUCUCAUUCCCUAUCACUGAGGCUGAGCUCUUUAGAAAAGCUAGCAGAGACAACCAAAUUAUCAUGAUAAACCGAAGAACUGAUAAAAAUCUCAAAAUUAAACCAGUAGAGGAGCUUGUUGGAGAGGAACUUCGGAAUAUAAUUGUUAGUCCAAUUGAAGGAGAGACAACUGGAGUCCUGGUCUCUAUCAACAAAAGAGGGAGGAAAACAUUUGACCAGAAUGACCUUGCACUACAGAAAUACUUGACUUCAGCCACAGGAAACCUUCUUAACAGGCUUAGAGAGGAGGAAAGUCGAAUUCUUUCAGAAAACUCAUUCAGAUCAAUCAUAAAUUUAACUAAAGAUCUUUCUAAAUUUCAUGAACUAGAUGAAUUCACCCUUGAAUUGAAAAAGAGAGCUCAGGAGCUAUUUAAAGUCGACACUGCUAAAAUUCUUAUUUGAGACAAGACCUCAGCAGACCUAGUAGAGUUCGUCAAAGAAGAUAACCUUAUCCGAAGAUUACAGCAUAAUUCAAGUGGAAGCUUAGCUAAAGAGGUCAUCAAAACAGCUACUCAUAAAUUCUUGAUAAAAAGAGUCGCAGGAUGCGCCUAUAAUGAAACAGUUGAUCUAGCAACAGAAUUACCAAUAAUCUGCUUGCCAAUUCUCAAUCCACUAAUCGAACUUCACUCAGAGUAUCUUCCUACAAAGCCCAUUGAAGGGGUACCAAACAAGGUAGUCCUGGGCGUACUGCAAAUAAUCAACCCGCGGGCGAUAACGAUGGAGUACAACUUGAUUCUCAAGAGAGCUGAGCUAGAAAUCCUAUCUCAGUUUCUGGAGCAUGCUAGCUAUAGCCUCACCUCAAUCUUAUCAAAUUAAUUUCAAUAAU